AUGGAAUAUGCAGUUAACGCGGCUGCAACCACGGACCAGUGUUCGAAAGCCGUCUGCCACUGGAGCGAGCCGAUGGUUCGAUUUCCUUUCCGGCUGAAGAAUCUCCAGUCCAGAUCCUGCGGCUAUCCCGGCUUCGACCUCUCUUGCGACGCCGCCAAACGGACGCUUCUCCACCUGUCGGGUUUCGAAGCCUUCACCGUCCACGCCAUCGACUACGGCGCCCAAGAAAUCUACUCCGGCGACUAUCAAUGCAGGAUUCAACGGCCAACUCCAGGGAACGGCGACCACGCUCGACCGGAUCUAACAGAACUCUUAGGGCACUUGCUCUCUUCGUACGGUGGGAGGAGACGGAGACGCGGCCCAAUGGUGGAAUUCACCUCCGCAUCCGUGGCCCCGCAGCCCACCGCUGCCACGGCAGAGCCCACGAUAGAGUCGUUGCCCAAGGUGGUUCUGGGAGAGAGCCGGCGUCUGCCCAAGCCCAAUUACAACACUUGCCCCAUCUGCUUGACCGAGUACAGGCCCAAGGAGACUCUGAGAUGCCUCCCAGAGUGCCAACACUGCUUCCAUGCCGAUUGUGUAGACGAAUGGCUUCGGCUCAAUGCCUCUUGCCCUGUUUGCCGGACUUCUCCCGAGCGUUCCCCAAGACCUGUGUAGUUUUUCUAAAUCCUAAAACUUAAAAAGGAUUAAGCUACUUGUAGAGAAGCCUUUACUGAAAGCUUUACCGAAAUUAUUUAUUUUGUUUUUGAUUUAUUUUUUUAACUUUUAUCUUUCCAGAAGCCCGCCCAUUUUCUCUUUCCCCCAUUUCCACAUUCUCUCUCUCUCUCUCUCUCUCUCUCUCUCUUUCACUGUCUCUCCCACACUCUCCCUCUCAAAUCCACUGCUGCAAAGAGCACCGGCCGGUGCCCCCCCUGCUUGCCCCCCACCGCCACGAGCACCUUCUGCCGUCACGCCCCCCACAGCCGCGAGCACUUUCCACUGUCGCC